AUGUCUAAUGAACUGAUCAUUGAAGCCUAUCGCCAGCAAAACAGAAUUAUACCAUCACGAAAUAGCUACCAUUUCAGAUGCUUACGGUCAAUUGGACACUGGAGAGACCCUGUCGAUGGCAAGACAAUAAAUGAUUUUGUUGAGUUAGAAACAACGAACGGCAAGUAUGCCGACGAUGAUGUACCUGAUUCUUACUCAUAUUUCAACCUUGACUAUUACCGAGACUUUGCUCUAAGCGAUGAUUCCAUCAUCGGAUCGUUCUAUGCUCGGCUUGAAGAUACUCAAAAUGAUAUGGAGCCACGAAAACAUCUCUGGAGAAUAGGCGACUACCGCAAGAGCGAAAAGAUAAAGGCCGCUGCAGAAGAGAGUGCGUGUCUUUCCUUCAUUCUUGUUAAUUUCCCCCUUUGCAUAAAGCUAAUACAUGUCCUAGGAGUGACGACCGCUGAGCAAGCUGAAGUAUUCCUGGGAGUCCAUGCUGAUACCCCUGAUGAUUUCGUGAUUUCGAUGUAUACUGCAAAGAUUAGCGAUAGUCCUGACAGCAAAGAGGUAGCUAAACGAGCUGUUCGACUUAUCGCAGAUAGCCGAAAGUCUGAAGCCCUACAACAUUUUCUCAAGACGGGCGAAGCAGCCUCUGCCCAAAUGGAUAUUGGGGAUGCAUUCCGUUUGCUCCAGAUCCCCGAUAGAUCGGUAGAUGAUGCUGCUAUAAUAGCUGCAUACUCAGUAUGUUGCUCGGAAGCUCCCGAACAGAUCGAUACAUAUCGACAAGCACUUGCUGUUAUUGCCGAGGAGAGUGGCAGCGCGGUUAUCCGUAGCAUGCUGCUUGACGAUAGCGCCCCGGCGAACCGCGCACUGUUGGACUGGCCGGUCGGACUUCGAAAUAUUGGUAACACCUGUUACCUGAACAGUUUGCUUCAAUUUUACUUUACCAUCCAGCCUUUCCGGAAUAUGGUACUGGAUCUUGACCGGUAUAAAACUGAACUUGAUGAGGAGGUGAUUCGGAAUAAAAAGGUUGGAUCGCGAAAAGUAUCUCUUUUAGAGAUCCAACGCUCACAGAAAUUCCUUGUGCAAUUGAAAGCUCUGUUCAACGACAUGAUUACUUCCCCUGAUGCGUUCGUAACACCGACCCAAGAGCUUGCUAGGCUGACGUUGCUCAGUUCCUCAAGUGAAGCUGCGUUUCGGCGUAAAUCUCUAUCAACUCACAAGAUAUCAGAGUUAGGGGAGAUUAAUGGGAUGCCCAUCAUGGGCCCUGUCGGUCCUCCAGCUCCAAUCCCUGAAGAGAAGUCUACACCGAGUAGCAGCUCUCCAGAAAAGGAGGAGUCGGCUAAAGAAGAUGUUGGCGUCACCCCUUCUACAGGAGCUUCCAAUGAGCUAGAGUCUGGCAACGCUUCAGACCAAACUGUGGUGCCUACUGUUGAAACAAAAGAAGUCACCUCAUCCUCCAGCGAGACCAGUAUUACACCUGAGCACCCGGUAUCAGAGGCUAUUGUAGCCCCUAACAGACCACCACCAGUUCCUCCACGGCCUGCUCCACGGGUUGACAACGAGCAGCUAAUUCGAGAAGAAGUUGAGUUGGGUGCCCAGCAGGACGUCACGGAAGUUAUCAACAACGUGCUCUUCCAAGCUCAGUGCGCAAUUAAGCCAACCAAGAUCGACGCAGACGGGAAUCAGAUGGAUUUGAUCAUGGAUCUGUUCUAUGGACAGACCAAAUCUUACAUCACUGCAAUGAAUGGUAUACGUUCUAAAAACGAGUUCUGGUCAGAUAUCAAAGUCGAUGUCGCCACUGGCUCGAGAGACAUCUAUUCUGCUAUUGACGGUGCUUUUGAUAGACAAAAAGUACAUGUUGAUGGUGCGGACGCAGAACAGUAUGGAGCCAUCAGCAAGAUCCCACCAGUACUACAAAUUCAAGUGCAGCGUGUGCAGUUCGAUCAGGUUAAGAAGUCAUCUUUCAAAUCCACUCACCAUUUAGAGCUAAAGGAAACAAUAUACAUGGACCGAUACAUGGACGUCCCGGAACAUGAUAAUAUGGGUCUAUAUAAACGACGCCGAGAAAAGUGGGCAUGGAACGACGAGCUUAAUGGGUUAAAAGUUCGGCGGGAGGAGCUACUAAGCAACAAUGAAUCCCUCCCCGACCUUUUUCAAGAUGCCCGUGACAAAGUCCAAGACUUGAUGUUGAUGAAAGACGAUCCUGAAAUGGGAAAUGAUGCCCUAGACAUCGAUGAAGGGGUAUUGGCACACCUUUCGAAUUUGGAAGUAAUGACAAGAAAGGAACUCAUUCGCAUUGAUUCUCGGAUAGAACAACUUGCCCAUUUGAUAGAUAAUCAGUUCAACGAUAUGAAGUCUCUCCCCUACCAUCUCUAUGCGGUAUUCAUUCAUCAUGGAUCCGUGGAAUUCGGUCACUACUACAUUUACAUAUUUGACUUUGAAAAGAAGAUAUGGCGAAAGUAUAACGAUUCCGAAGUAACCGAGGUCCACAGCACGGCAGAAAUCUUUAGUGAUCGCAACGUUAAGAACCCGCCAACCCCCUACUUCCUUGUUUAUCUAAACGACGGGUUAAAGGAACGACUGGCCAAACCUGUGUGUCGUCACAUUGAGGAGCGUCCGGCACAGACCACCUCGGCGGCAGAUAAUUCAAAAUCAAAACCCGGCCGAGAACGUGCAGGUGACAGAUCGGAUGUAGAGAUGACCGACCUACCUCCCAGCUAUGACGAGGCGCAAAAAACAGCCCCAGACGAGAAAGCCAUUUUGACGGGCCCAGCUGCGAUGGCGAAGAAGAAGCUAUCGCCAUCUCCAGACCGCAAGCGAUUAAAACGAAAGGGCGCCGAAAGUGAGGAACACCCGACUGUUGCAUCGAAGAACUAA